AUGGUGCAUCGGCCCCUACGACGAAGGAAUUCAAAUACGUUUACGAUUAUCGCCUACCAUUUGGACUUGAAUACCAGCGCUGCCUACAUAUCCGCUCAUUUGAAUUUAUCACCAGCGACGCUUUCGCCUUGGACACUUACCAUUACACGAUUCACUGACAGAUAUUAUUCCUCUACGAGCAGUAUACACUAUUCAUUACCCUCCACUAUGUCCGACCCUAGCUCCUUACGAUCCCGAAAGGGACUCUUAACGAGGUACUGCAACAACCUCACACGACUCAUCGACGACUUCGAGGCGGAAAAAGAGUGCAAGGUACCAACUACACACGAUCUGAACAACAUAGAGCAGACGGAGAUGUUCGUCCUAGAAGUGCAAGCCACAUCAGAUUCAGUACCGAAGGCACUCGACUCGUACACGGAAAGCAUAGACUCGUUGCAACAGCCUCUAAACGAAGAUUAA